GGCGCGCGGCGCCCGUCCCGCUACCUCCAUCCGGGCCUUGAGCUGAGUGCUGGGGGUGGAGCGGGGCGGGAGGGUGGAGGGGACAGCACUGGGCGCGCCUCCCCAGUAGCUGUUGACGAGUGUGGAGUCAGGACGAGGACGACGAGGAGGGGGAAGGACGGCGUGUCAGUGCUGUGGCUGGAUGGCCCAAGAGACAUUCUAAAUUCGGUUGAGAAGAACGCCUCUCAGUUUGCGACACAAUUUGCAGCUGGAAAUGGGGAAUGGACUCUCAGACCAGACUUCCAUCCUGUCCAGCCUGCCUUCAUUUCAGUCCUUUCAUAUUGUUAUCCUGGGUUUGGACUGUGCUGGCAAGACGACGGUCUUAUACAGGCUGCAAUUCAAUGAAUUUGUAAAUACCGUGCCUACCAAAGGAUUUAAUACUGAGAAAAUUAAGGUAACCUUGGGCAAUUCCAAGACAGUUACUUUUCACUUCUGGGAUGUAGGUGGUCAAGAGAAACUAAGGCCACUGUGGAAGUCUUAUACCAGAUGCACAGAUGGCAUUGUGUUUGUGGUGGACUCUGUGGAUGUGGAAAGGAUGGAAGAAGCAAAAACUGAACUUCAUAAAAUAACUAGGAUAUCAGAAAAUCAAGGGGUCCCUGUGCUUAUAGUUGCUAACAAACAAGACCUGCGGAACUCACUAUCUCUGUCAGAAAUUGAGAAAUUGUUAGCAAUGGGUGAACUGAGCUCAUCAACUCCUUGGCAUUUGCAGCCUACCUGUGCAAUCAUAGGAGAUGGACUAAAGGAAGGACUCGAAAAACUACAUGAUAUGAUAAUUAAAAGAAGAAAAAUGUUGCGGCAACAGAAAAAGAAGAGAUGAAUAGCAGUAGCUUUUGUAUUGGUGUGGAAUAGGUUUUCUCUUGUCUGAUUUUGACAAAUGGAAGAGUGUCUACAGCCUGGUUUGCCUGUCUGCCUUCCUGGAUGCUAUUAAAGCUUUGUUUUGUUGAACAGUCAGAUGCCCAACUCUUUUUGCCUUGUGGAAGAUGAGUAAAUGCGAUGCUUCUUAAAGUGGUCUCUUCUCCCUAACCCACAUUAUCUUUUGGUACUACCAAUUUGGGAAGCCAAGCAAGGAUAGUAAAUUGAGCAGAAAACAGUUUUGUGAAAAUUUGACCUGAAGUUAGCGAAAUAAAACUUUGAAGAGUG